GUGAGAGAUGUUGCCUUUGGCUCCAGGUUUGCUGGGGAGAUGCUGAACAGCGGCAGGGCCCUGCUUGGCGAGGACAGCUCGGUGAUGGCUCGCAUGCAGAAGAAGUUCUGGAAGACCAAGCAGGUCCUCAUCAAAGCCACGGGCAAGAAGGAGGAUGAGUAUGUGGUGGCUUCGGACGCAGACCUGGACGCCAAGCUUGAGUUCUUCCGCUCCGUUCAGUGCACGUGCACGGAGCUGCUGAAGGUGAUUGAGAAGUACCAGAGCAGAAUCACACGUUUGUCUCAGGAGGAGAACGAGCUGGGCCUGUUCUUGCGCUUCCAGGGGGAACACGACCGCACGAAGGCUGGGAACAUGAUGGACGCCACCAGCAAGGCGCUUUGCACCUCUGCCAAACAGAGGCAAGAAGGGACAGUGGCCUGCCUCAGGACGGUGCUAGAGAUCCUCAUCAGGACUCCCGAUACCUCUCGUUUAAUUGAAAGAAAGCAACACAAGUUAUUUUUCCGUAUUCACCAUAGGAUGGCGCUUUGCCCGCCGCUGCGCCGCAUGCAUCAGGAAGUGGAGACCUUCCGGCGGCGUGCAAUCGCUGACACGUUGUUGACGGUCGGCCGCAUGGAGAAGGCCCGCACGGAGUACCGGGGAGCCCUGCUCUGGAUGAAAGACGUCUCUCAAGAACUGGACCCGGACACCUACAAACAGCUGGAAAAGUUCCGCAAGGCAAGGAAAGGGUGGACUUUUUUUUUUUCCUCGGCUGUGUCUGUGUCUAAUGUACGCGCCUCCAAAUCCCUCUGCCGUCAGGUCCAAUCUCAGGUCAGAGGAACAAAGAGCCAGUUUGAGAAACUGAAAAACGACGUUUGCCAGAAGGUGGACAUGCUGGGAGCAAGCCGCUGCAACAUGCUGUCCCACUCCCUCUGCACCUACCAGACCACACUACUGCAGUUUUGGGAAAAAACUGCCCACGCCAUGUCAGGGAUCCACGAGGCCUUCCAGGGACACAUACCAUACCAGUUCACUACCAUCAAGGACCUGCGGGAUCCGCUGGAUCAGAUAUGUGACUCUGAAAAACAAGAGGAGAGGAAUGAGGAUGCUUUGCAGAAUAACACAGACAGUUUGGUGUCCUUGGAUGAUGACAAGCCACCAGGAAGUGCUUCUAAUGCAGACCUCACCCUCAGCAGUGAAGGGCAAAGCCAGGCCAGUGAGAGCGUAUUGCACGACCUCGGAAGGCUGUCCGCCAACUCCAGCAACGACCUGAUGGCCAUGGCCUGCAACAUGCCGCACCCAUGGUCCCCGUCCCCAGCAAAUCCCCCGGUCCAGCGCCCCCCUGAUGCUGGAGGCCAGAGCGAAGGCUGUAGCUUUGCAGAGCUGGAGUCCACCGGAAGUGGCCUGCUCUCCGAUGGCCUGUCACCGGCCUCUGAGGCGAGUUUGAAACGGCAGGAGGAAGAUGGCGAGCGGAGCGACAUGGCUUUCCUUAAAGACCUCCUCAGCCCGGGUCCAGGGGCCAGCGACGAGUUCAGCAGGGAGUGGCAGGAUGCCUUUGGAAUAUUCGACUCUCCAAGUGUCCCCACAGCCAGCAGCGGUGCAGCUGAAGUGGCGCGUGCAGGCUCGAACCCCCCCAGCCCCACGGGCUUUCUGCCAUCCCAGCUGCUGGACCACAGCCUGAGCUCCACAGGUUGGGUGACCCCACCAAUGUUCCAGGCUCCACCCCUGCAGACCCCCACUGGGCAGAACCCGACAGCGCCUCAGACUCCAAGUUCAGCAGCGAAAGCUGCCUCAGGAGGGUCCAAAGACAUGUCUGCCUGGUUCAACCUGUUUGCAGACCUCGACCCCCUUUCCAACCCCGACGCCAUUGGACGCUCUGCAGAUGAGCUUCUCAACGCCUGA